AUGAUUGCAGGUUUAUUUGCAUUUAUGGGUUGUAUUCUUGGUAUUGUUGCAUUAGCAACUAAUUAUUGGACAAUGGAACCUUUUAUGACAAAUGGUAUGCCAAUGCAAACAGCUAAUGGAACUAUGAUGAUGAAUGAAAAACAAGAAUGGAAUUGGAAUGGUUUAUUUUAUAUGUGUACAUCACGUGUAAAUGUUCCAUGUAUGACACGAUUUUGGACAACAACAUUUAUCUUAUGUUUAUUAGGAAUAAUAUUCUUAUUAGUUGGAGGAAUAUUUUCUAUGUGGGAAAUGUUUCAAACAAGUGAUCGACGAUUUGUUAUUCCAAUGUUUUAUUUUGUUGCUUGUGUUUUAAUGACAGCUGGAUUAUUUGAUUAUGGCGGAUGGUCACGUCUUAAUUCACAUUCAUCACGUUCAAUGAUUGCUGCUAUUGUUUUUGGUUAUGUUGCAUUACCUAUUUCAGCUUUUAUUGCUGGACGAUAUUCAGCUUAUGAUCGAUAUAUUAAUAAUGGUCAUGUUCAUAAUGGACAAAAAUAUGUUCCUGCUUCAACAAAUGGAAAUUAA